AUGCUGACCAAGUCCAACCUCAGCUCCCAAUUGAAGGGAGAAAAUGAAGAUAAGGGCAGAAUUGAAGAGAAGAACCAAAGUGCUGGGCAAAGUUUUUCCUUGUUAGGUGCACCAGUUGAAAUGGAUGAGUAUGAACAUGGAUUUGAUGAAGAUAGCGAUGAUGGUUUAACAACAACAAAUUCGGCUCAUUUUUCAACGUCUCAAGAUAGGUUCAUAAAGGAUCAAGAUUUGAAGCAGAAAACAUUAGAGGCAUUACACAGCGGCCAUGGAAGCGGAAUGCCGCAACCAUCACCGCCACCUUUGCAAUCAUUGCCCCAAUCAUUAUCAUCAUCAUCGCCGCCGCCGCAGCAGCAGCCGGGGUUAAUCAACAUCAGCUCAAAAAGACAACCAUCGGUGAUUGAUAUGCCGUAUCACAAUUUUCAUCCUUCCCCGGGGCAAGCUUCUCAUUUGAUGGCAGCAAACAGUGGCUCAAAUUCCACAGCCACAAGUGCAUUUCCCGAGGAAUAUCCAUCAGACGAAUUAAUUGAAUAUUACGAGAAUGUUAGAAUUUGCUUAGACUUUCGUCACAAGUAUUUGAAUCUCUCUUUGCAAACUCCCGAGCUGUCAAAUCCUAAAAACAAGUCUGAGUGGAAAAUAUACCCGCCACCACCAAAGCCAACUUACAAGUCAAAGAACAAAUUCAAUCGGAUUCUCAAACCUGCUGGGAAAAAGAAGGAAAAGAAGGAAAAGACUGACAAUCAGGAAAAAGAUGCAAGAGAAGUUAAAGGAGAAGGAGAAGAUGACGGUGACGGUGACGGUGACGAUGACGAUGAUGAAGAAGAAGAGAUAUUUGAUUUCAACAAAUGUACCAUUCCAGAUUUAAGUGAGAGUGAAUACUACUUCACCUUGGAUAGUGAAGGGGUAUUCCAAGUGUAUGAUUCAAAAGACGAGAAACAGGUGACGAUUCCCAAUUUACACCAAUACUAUUAUGACUUGAGCGUCAUGAGCAGGAUUUCAUCUGAUGGUCCAACAAAAUCUUUUGCUUUCAAGAGAUUACAAUAUCUCGAAGCAAAAUGGAACAUGUACUACUUGUUGAAUGAGUUUGAAGAGACUAAAAAAUCAAAGCAAAACCCUCAUCGUGAUUUUUACAAUGUUCGUAAGGUAGACACGCAUAUUCACCAAUCAGCUUGUAUGAACCAAAAACAUUUGCUUAGAUUCAUCAAGUACAAAUUGAAGACCGAUCCAGACCUGCCUGUGAUUUUCCGUGAUGGGAAAAUCUUGACAUUGGCCGAAGUGUUCAAGUCGUUGAAUUUGACUGCAUAUGACUUGUCUAUUGAUACUUUGGAUAUGCAUGCACAUACGGACACUUUUCAUAGAUUCGACAAGUUCAACUUAAAAUAUAACCCCAUUGGGGAGUCAAGAUUGAGAGAGAUUUUUUUGAAAACAGACAAUUUCAUAAAGGGGAAGUACUUGGCAGAGCUUACUGGACAAGUAAUGGAGGAUUUGGAGAGUUCGAAAUACCAAAUGAGCGAGCUUAGAAUUUCAAUUUAUGGUAGAUCGAUUCACGAGUGGGAUAAGUUGGCUGCUUGGAUCGUGGAUAAUAAAUUAUUUAGCCACAAUGUUCGUUGGUUGAUUCAAGUACCAAGGUUAUAUGAUGUUUACAAAAAGAAUGGAAAUGUCAAUUCCUUUUUGGAAAUUGUCAAGAACGUAUUUGAGCCCUUAUUUGAGGUUUCAAGAAACCCAAAGACGCAUCCAAAGCUAUAUGUUUUUCUUCAAAGGGUAGUGGGGUUUGACUCUGUGGAUGAUGAGUCCAAGGCGGAGAAACCAAUUCAAUCAAGAAAAUACCCACCAGCAAGUGAAUGGAAUUUCACAACAAACCCACCAUACUCUUACUAUUUGUACUACUUGUUUGCCAAUAUAGCAAGUUUGAAUCACUUGCGAUUAAAGAAUGACAUGAAUACAUUUGUAUUGAGACCCCAUUGUGGAGAAGCUGGCGAUCCUGAACAUUUGAUUAGUGCAUUUUUAACAUCCUAUGGAAUCUCGCAUGGAAUUUUGUUGAGAAAAUUGCCAUUUAUUCAGUAUUUGUACUAUUUGGACCAAAUUGGUAUAGCAAUGUCACCACUUUCUAAUAACGCAUUGUUCCUUACCUAUGAUAAGAACCCAUUUUACAACUUUUUCAAAAAGGGUCUAAAUGUGUCAUUAUCAACCGAUGAUCCAUUACAGUUCUCCUACACAAAAGAGCCUUUAAUUGAAGAGUAUUCGGUUGCAGCACAGAUCUACAAGUUGUCCAGUGUUGAUAUGUGCGAAUUGGCAAGAAAUUCUUGUUUACAAAGUGGCUGGGAAGCCACAAUCAAAAAGCAUUGGCUUGGAAAAAAUUACAUGGCUGGUGGUGUUGCAGGUAAUAACAUUGAAAAGACAAACGUUCCUGACAUCAGGGUGGGCUAUAGAGAGGACGCUUUAAAAAGUGAGCAACAUUUGGUGGAUUAUUAUACCAGUAUCAACCGCAAUGAAGCGGCCAGUCGUUCCCAUUAA